AUGGAGACGCCAGGCGCGUCCGCCAACGCGACUUCCUUCUUGCCGUCGCCAGCAGAUUUGCUCAUGGCAUUACCGCGCCUCUUCUCCAAGGCCAGUUCUCUCGGCGACAUGAUGCGCUCGGGUGGAAGCGUUAUCGCGGAACCUACGGCCAACAUGACAAACAGCACCAUGACGACUACAGGCUCGGGAUUUGUACAGGAAUCCAUCGCUGCAGCAGCUUCUGCGAUUUCGACCGAGGGCGAGAUGACCGUGUGGCAAGCUUUGAGGAACGUAGCCGCCUGGUUCAGCUACAUUACUUCCAAAUGGGCCGUCGCAACAUUCGCCCUGGCAAUCGUGCUUAACAGAACCCACUUCUACGCCAACAGCCGCGUUCCACUUUCCUUCGACCGCCUCUACCUUCGUUUCGCCCUCUACAUCAUGCCCUUGAUCCUCUUCCUCUAUCAGACGCAGAACACUCUACGGGCGAUACGCUGUCAAACCUCCCCCGGUUGGUCAGAGAUGCAGUACGGAGCGGAUGGUAGGCAGCUGGAUACAGACUUCGGUGGCGAAGGCGGCUUUCUAUGGCAGGUCACGUCAAAGAUACUCUUCUGGGAGACCACAGAGAGCUCAUGUCGAGCUGCGAAUAUGUUGCCCAUCGGUCCGGCGACCACGCGGCCUUCUGGAUCGCUAUCGCUUCUAUGGCCCAUGUUUGUGACACUUGGAUUUGGCCAGUUCGUUGAUACGUUGGCCUGCGCCCUGCAAGGAAGACGCCCCAUUCAGGAAGUCGGGAUGACCAUUUUCGAACAUUCGCUCGCAUUUGCUGAGGCUGAGGCUGUCGUCACGAAGCCCUUAGCGGUCGAUUCCGUACGCUUCUUCAAACCGAAGUCUGUCUUCACUCCAGAUGGCACAUCCUUCACGAUUCCGAGGUCAAAGCUCUCCAAGAUCGCCAAUGUACCACCGGAAGUGCUGUUGAUUUCCCUCAUCUCUAGUUUCAGCCACUUCAUGAGCAACUUGUUAGCGAUCGCUGGAGUGCGCUCCAGGUGGCGACUCGUCACGACAACAAUCUGCGGACUCGCCUACAUGUCAGCUUUCGCAUGGAGCUGCAUUCGUCUAGCGACCAUGGUCGCUGAUCCAGAUCACUAUGUGGGGAUCUUGAGAUUUCCUACUGUAUGCAUCAUUGGAUUCAUCCCGCACUUGCUGAUACUUGUGGGUAUCGCGAUAUGCGCACUAAUCUACUUGCUGGCCUUCAUCAUCACCGUACUUUCUCCACCUGCAGGACAUGCCGACAAUUUGUCUCUGCGAGAGAGAUUUGCAUCCGCCUACGGCAAUCUUCAUGCCAACAUUCAUCUGUCCUCGAUUACGCCUUUGACUAUCAAUUGGCACGAAGACUUCUAUACAACUAUACUCAAGGUAGGCUACGUCAUUUUGACAUCCGCCAGUGAAGCCGUAUUUCUCAAUGAAGGAACUAAGGUCAACGUGCACCCAAUGACCUGGCUCGAAAAGCAGAGACUGCAGGAACUGCUCGCUCGACGAAGAAGAACACGAGAGAUGAUCACCGACAUCCCGUCCGAGCUCAGGAACGACACAUUCGCGCAAGGCAUCGAGGUAGUUGACGAACUCAACGAUGUCAGAACGGAUACAUCACUGUCGGGUUAUGCAAAAGAACGUAAAACGCGAGGAGUACAGGCAUCCACUGAACCAGCCAUUGGACAAAAUGAUCCUGCGAUUCAACAACGUAGUCGCUACUUGCAGACCUAUCAGUUCUUCUUCCGUAUAUCAAAGUUGAUUAUACUUAGUCUCGCACGGGUCACAGACUGGGCGUUGACUAAAGUCUCGAUCAACUAUCGACCAAGAUGGCUACAACGCGCUGUUGGGUUCCACGUUGACCAUGUUGAUAAGAUGUAUGCUCCGCGACACUCCGAUCAAGCGUUGGCAAGAGAGUCAUGGCUUACCACAGAUGAUCGGUCUCGAAUUCGCCAGGACCGGAAUUUUGACGUUGAAGUCUUCGCGAAGGAGAGGCUCCGACAGAGUGGGUUCUAUUCGGGACCCAAUGGGGAAGAUUCUGAAGAACGUCUUGACGACUACCUGUACUCCUGGUGGCGCAACGGUAGUCUAUGGAAUGACGUUGACAACACCAGAGACUAUGUUGACUCGCAAGAUGAUGACACGACUAGUGUAGUGUCGUUUGCUACCACAACAGACAACGACGAGUGGUCAGACAUGGACGACGGUCAAAGAACACCUACGCGGGCAACAUACCAGAGAAGUCGGGAAGUAACACCCAUCCCUGACGACGCAAUGGACUUCUCGAGACUCUCUCAACUUCUGGAUCCGAAGUCUAGUGAGGAUCGUGAAGAAGCCAAGCUGCUGUCUCGCCACCUCCAGAGCUCCACUAUCAUGACACGCUCGCAGUACCGCAAGGCUCUUGAGCGCGAAGAGGCGAAGAUUCUCACAACGUCACGCUAUAAGAUGAGCGGUGGCGUCAACAUGACGCCUGAAGAAGAAGAGCAGCUUCUGGAAGAUCUUAUUCUCAGUCGUCGGAGCGCAACAGCGCCACAAGGCGCAAGCACAGCUGGAAGCUGGGACUCGGGUGCAGAAGACGGCAGUGCACCUGUUGCUUCGGAACUUAUCGGAACGAGGCCGGCUACAUUCAGCAUUUUCAACGAGCUCGGUCAACUGCCCUCACCCAAGAACCAGACCCAAAAUUUUAUGCAGCCAGAGCCCAUCAACGCAUCACAAAACGUUUCGUACCAGCAAACCUCUUUCAACACCGCCACCACCUCCCAGCAUGGACAGCGCCGCAGCCUUGACUUCCAGGUCUCUCUGCAGCUUCACUCAGGUGAGGUGCGGGGAGAGUCUGGGCCACAAACCCGCGGGUUCGCACGCGAUGCGACGCGUUCAGAGGCCGAGGAUACUGUCGGGACCGUGGAAACAAAUGGACUGAAGCGCGUCGCGUCUCCCUCACCACCCCCGAGGGACAGGAUCACCGAAUACGAGAAUGCGCUGAAGUCUUCACCACGAAAGCCUGCUGACGGGCCCCUCUUCGAGAUCGUCAAGAGCAACAAGAAGCCUAGCGAUAAGAGCUCGCCCAUCGCGAACCUGCCUAAUGAGGUUCUGAUCCAUGCUAUCGCCCACCUGUCACCAAACGAUCUCGCCGCCGUAUCCCUUGUCUCUCGCCGCUUUCAUGAUGUAGUCACUACCCCACACGCCUGGCAGGUGGCAUUCGGUCGCUACUUCCCUGGCCCGCACUCACUCGAAGAUGCCGCCUUUCGUUUAGCCCUCGAGGGCAGUGGCUCAGUCGUGCGAUCAGAGAAGAGACGCUUCACCAGGCUCACUGCGCUGGCAUCGUGGAGAAGCGAGUACAUUCUACGCACGAGACUGUUGCGGUCUUUGGUCAGGGGCAAGCCUGUACAGGUACCUGCGACACCGUCCCGCGCGUCUCAAAUGCAGACCAUCACCCCAAUGAUUACCUACGAUGCCAAAACGUACACCAUCAUCAACCACUUGCAGGCCACGUUCGGAACCGGUCUGAACAAGAAGAUGCCGCGCUUCAUCCAUGGUGCAGACGACAUUGGCAUGGUGACCAGCAGCGAUCCGAUGACAGGCAAAGUGGAUCCUUGGGGACAGAGCGACCCUCACUUCUAUGGCCAAUUCUCAGAACGCUUUCCGGGUACCGCAGAGUGGGGUCUGGGCUCAGGAGAGGUCGUCGGGCGACCCAAUGUCAUGGACAUAUCGCAGCCAUACGGCAUGAUCUAUGGCCAGGGCUGUCCCGAGGGCUCGUGUUAUUACCGCUCCCUUGAGGAGAUGCGUGGUCGAUUCAUAGCUGAACCCACCGACUUUGCUAUGCCUGAAGUUGGUAUACCAAAGCUAGGCAUCGACGGCGGUGCUAUCUGCAGCGUUUGGAUCGCCAAGUCAAACACGAUCCCGACGCUUUCGGAUGGCUUGAUUGGCAUGAUGAUGGGAUCUGCAGCUGGCGUCGUCAGUGCCUGUAGCAUCGGUACAGAUGGUCUCCGCUCGUCCCGUGUACAGCGUGGGGAGCUGACUGCGCGCUGGGUUCUCAGCCCGGGAGUACCUAUCAUUGCCAUCGCCGUCGACGAACAAUACUCAACCAAGCGCUAUGCUCAGAACCGCAUUUGGGCGGUCGCUUUGAAUGCACUUGGCGAGAUCUUCUAUCUCACGAAAUUUCCAACUCGCAGCCAGGCCACGAAAGGCGACAUUGAGCACUACUCCGAGUAUCUGGGUUGGCUUACUGGCCGCACCGUCUACUGGAACUUGGUGGAGCCCAGCCGACGUACUGCGAGGCCUGACCCGUACAGCGAUGCCGAUGUCGACGGUAGUUAUUCGCCGCGAACCUCAUGGGAUGGCAUGUGCUUAAGCAAGGAUCAGAUCAUCGCCGAAACCAGGGAGAUCCAAGAAUAUCUUCGCAAGCAGCCAAAACAUUUCCGAAAAGCAUGCCUUGGAUGGGAUAUGCGACGAACGCUCGAGGUUGACUUUGCUGGAGACGAUGGGAAUCAUGCUGGAGAAUCCGUAGUGGUCUUCGAAUGCGGGCUUGAUGAGGGAGACGUCGCCGAUGUCAAACGCUUCACCCGAUGUAAGAUUGACGAAAAGGACAAGAGUACGAACGUCUCAAGUCGCAUUUUCACGCCUCAGCCUGCGCAAGCCACAUCUUUGUUCGGCGGUCCUGGCGCGGAUCCUACAAAGCCUCCUCGUGGUCGCAGCUCUUCAUACAUCUCGACCACAAGUUCACCAGAACGAGCCAAUCUGUUCGAGGAAUGGAGGUGCUCAAAGCUUACAUUCGGCGGGUUCAAGAGCACUCAGGUCACUACAACUGCUUUGGACGUCUCUACCUUUGCCACUUUGACCUUGUUUGAGGAUCCUGCGCUUGGUUUCUCGACUGCCUCGACUGCAUCCUCGCCUUACUCUUCUCCCAUGUCUGUUGCAAGCCAGCCGGCCUCUCCCUCUGACAUUCCUGGACAGCGCGCAAGGUUCCUUGCUGCUGGUACCAAGUCUGGCGUCGUGCUGCUUUGGGAUGUCCGGGCGCCUACGUCGCGCUCGUCGGAGUACACAAAUAACAUUGAGCCUGUUCGCAUCAUCUACACCGACUCGCCAGAGAUAUCCUGCGUGGCUGUUACUUCACUGUAUCUCGUAGCAGGUGGAAACGACGGUUUGGUGCAGGCAUGGGAUCCACUGGCUUCGAGCAUGUCGCCCAUAACAACGCUUCACUCCCGACAUGCGUCGCGUGCACGUAGACAGCUUGUGCAGGCCCAAGCUUCCGUUCAAGGAGUCGGCAUCAACAUGUUUGCUGCUGGUGCUGUAUGUCUGGAUCCUGAUCCGACCGUCUUGCGCGGUGCAGUGUCUCUUGGCAAUCAGCUUCGAUUUUGGAGUUACAGCUCAUCUGCAGCCGAUCAGUAUAGAAGCAGUAAACGCAGGCUGCGAAGAGCCGAGCGUGGAAGUAACAAUACCACAGAGCGCUUUGCCGGUACAGGCAGAGUCAACCUGAAGAACUACAUUGCCAACGAACAGUUCGAGUUGGAGCGUGAUAGACAAGAGCGUCACAAGCAGGCCGAGCGUUUGGCAGGCCGUUUUGGCACGGAGCUACUAAGCGAGGAGGAGGCUCUAGCAUACGCUGCAAUGCUUUCGCAAGAGGCUGCUGAGGCAGACGAACUACGCCGCAUCGAGCGCGAGAGCAGUGCCCUUAAGAGUGAGCCUGUAACGCCAGAGACGAGCGUCCAAGACCAACCUUCAUCGCCCGAUACCAAGGAUGACGACGAACUGGAUGCCGAUAUCGCCGAAGCUAUCCGUCUUUCUCUCAACGAUAGCUCCGGAGCUGGCAGCUAUGAACCCGCCUCCACACCUCCUUCUGCGUUCGAGAUUCCGAUCAAGUACACCAAGAGCAAGAAGUCUCCGCCAUCCCGCUCCCAAAAGAGCACGCCCAGGAAGGGUAAGGCUGCUGCUGGUUCAAGUAACGAGAGCGAGAUGUCAGAUUUGGAGUUUGCUAUGCAACUGAGUCUUGCUGAAGAGCAGAGUCGGAAGGAUGCCGAAGAUGCGUUUCCACCGCUCAGUCCAGCAGCUGGCAGUAAGGGUAAAGGGAGAAUGUGGUAA